AUGACAAUAAGUACGAAACACCAAAAUGGUUCUGAUGGAACGACUACUACUGGACUUCAAGUCGCACAACGCCUGGACCGAAGUACUGAAAAGAAGUACAAAACGGAAGAUGCUGGACUAAAGAAAUUUGUUGCCGCAAAAUUCUUGGACUUUAAAAUGGUUGACAGUAAGUCUGUCAUAACUCAAGUUGAAGAAUUACAAGUCAUCGUUCAUGACCUCCUUGCCGAAGGUAUGGUCAUAAAUGAAGCGUUUCAAGUUGCGGCAUUUAUUGAAAAGUUGCCGCCGAUGUGGAAGGACUUCAAGAAUUACUUGAAACAUAAGUUCAAGGAGAUGACGCUUGAAGACCUUAUUGUUCGCCUAAGGACUGAAGAGGACAACAAGGCUGCAGAAAAGAAGUCUCGUGGAAAUUCAACAAUAAUGGGUGCAAAUAUUGUUGAGGAAUCUUCAACGAUCGGAAAUCCUAGAGAAUGGUGGAUUGAUUCGGGGGCAACUUAUCAUGUUUGUGCUAACAAGGAGUUGUUUACUUCUUAUGCUCCCGCUGGACCCAACGAGACAGUUUUUAUGGCAAAUUCCGCUACUGCAAAAAUUGAAGGAACGGGCAAGAUAGCUUUGAAGAUGACUUCUGGCAAGAUUGUGACUCUAAAUGAUGUUCUUCAUGUUCCUGAAAUGCGGAAGAAUUUAUUCUCGACAUCACUUCUAGUCAAGAAUGGCUUUAAGUGUAUUUUUGUUUCCGACAAGGUCAGUGUAGUUCUGGAAGUUUGGUUGCUGGGACUAAUAGGAAGCUGUUUCACUGCUAUUGCUGCUGUUUCUGCUUGCUCAGCUCCUUAUGGCACAACCAUGAAAGAAGAAAAGCUAAACUAG